UUCUUCCGGGCAUCCCUACCCGUGAGUCACUGACUCACGGGUAGGAGGAGUCACUGACUCCUCCUACCUACUGCACUGGAAUCCCCCCUUGGCUGAAAAAAUCCCGCCCCGCCGGAACUUAUGCGUAUCCACGUCUUAUAGUAUCAAGCCGUGUCUGAGACCUACGACCCAAUACCGGUCAACCAUUCGCCACGCCGCCGCCACGUUUGAGUGCGUCGUAACGCUCCUUCAAACGCCCUAGCUUUGGCGCGCCACUGCUUAAUAGGUGGAGGGGCAUACUGUCAGCAAUGGAGGCAUGUGCGAACCGGAAGGAGAAGAGGAAAGUAGCAAAAAAGGACAAGAGGAAGCAAAAGAGGAGGGAGGUGGCUGAGAAGUUACGAGCGGAGGAAGAGGCCAGCCUUCAUGAUCCUGAGCAGCAACGCAGGAUUCAGCUCGAGGAGGAGGCAGAGAAGCAGCGGCUAGAGAGAGACAGGAAGGAAUUUGAGGAGAGAGAGAGGCUAUUUCUCGAGGAAUUAGGUCGCAGAAAAGCACAGGAGGAGGAAGAGCGAAUAAGAGCUAUUGAAGAAGAAGAGAGGUUGAAACAAAUUAAGGCUGAAUGUGAAAAUGAAGAAAAUGAUAAUGAAGAGUGGGAAUAUGUAGAAGACGGACCUCCUGAAAUUAUAUGGCAAGGAAACGAGAUAAUUGUCAAGAAGAACAAAGUUCGAGUAAAAAAGCAAGCUGUGGAACAUCUGGCAAUUAAAGAGGGUCCUAGGCCAACAUCAAAUCCUUUACCUCCAGAACCUGAUGGAUACGUUAAUGCUUCUACGAUUUCAGCACAAGGACUUUUGGAAGAUGUUGCUCAACAAAUCCCAAAUUUUGGGACAGAACAAGACAAAGCUCAUUGUCCUUUCCACAUCAAAACGGGAGCUUGUCGGUUUGGGUCACGUUGCAGCCGGAUUCACUUUUAUCCUGACAAAUCAUGCACACUACUUAUAAAAAACAUGUACAACGGACCUGGUCUUGCCUGGGAGCAAGAUGAGGGGCUUGAGGUCUGUUAUGAAGUCUUCAUGUGGCUCAAAACAGAACUACUGAUCUGAAACAAUGGAGGUACAUGGUUCUCACACUGGUUGGGUUGAAGGCUAAAAAUGCACAGAUGAGGAGGUUGAAAAUAGUUAUGAAGAAUUUUAUGAGGAUGUGCAUACUGAAUUUUUGAAGUUCGGGGAGAUAGUAAAUUUUAAGGUAUGCAGAAACACUUCAACUCAUUUGCGGGGGAAUGUCUACGUACACUAUAAAUCAUUGGAUUCUGCAUUGCUUGCUUAUCGCUCUAUUAAUGGUCGUUAUUUUGCUGGAAAACAGAUUACAUGUGAAUUUGUUACCGUGACAAAAUGGAAGGUUGCCAUAUGUGGGGAGUUUAUGAGAUCGAGGCUUACGACAUGUUCUCGUGGAACAGCAUGCAAUUUUAUUCAUUGUUUCAGAAACCCUGGCGGAGAUUAUGAAUGGGCAGAUUGGGAUAAACCACCCCCGAAGUACUGGAUUAAAGAGAUGUGUGCUUUGUUUGGCUAUUCAAAGGAGUUUUUCUAUGACAGGAGAGUUGAGCAAGAAGAUUCUGAACAUGCAGCUGAUGUAUACAGGCAUCACUCGGAAAGAUAUCAGGCAAGAGAGAGUCGAAGGUCUCGAUCAAGGGAGAACAGGAGUUUGAGAAGUCAUAAUAAGGAACGUAAUGUUCGAAGUAAAGAAAAAGUCGGCGGACUCAAUUGUCUUCUUGAUGACAAAAGAUGCAAAGAUGAAAAAAAUUCAAGAUCAAACCAGUUUCAUCACCAAAACAUAGGCGACCUGAACCUCCAUGAUGAAACCCGUAAAAGAUCAAGACACACCCUGUCUGAACAAAAACACUCCAAAGACUUUCAUGAUGAUAAUAAGUUCAGAAGUAGCAGCAGCGAUUCUGAACACGGUUCACCGUCUAAAGAUCACCAUGAUAAUGUAUACCACAAACAUAGUGCACAUGGUACUGAUAGAAGUGGGGAUAACAGGAAAGAUAGAAUCCGAGCAAACCGGAGGAAAUCCUCAAGGUGUUUGAGUGAUGAUAGCUCAAUCUGUGAUGCUAGAAGAACUGAUGAUGAUUUCGAUUUUGAUUGUGGGUAUGAGGAAUGCAUAUCUUACCACACUGGCAAAAAGGCUGACGAAAGAGGGCGGUGGGACCCUGACACAGGAGCCACUGGAGACUAUGGUGUGAAGCAUUUGGAAUCUGGCAAGAGAAGUAAGAAGCGCCACAGAAGUCAUCAUCAGCACAGCAGAAACGAUGAAGGCAGUUCUUAAGUACGUCGUUGUUAGUGCCUUGAUAUUUCAGUGAAGAAAAUCAGGUCUGAAUUGGCAGAGAUAAGUAUCUACCUAUCCAUAUGAUAGUCUCGCUUUAAUGUCUUGAAUGUAAAUAUAUUUUGGCCAAUGUGAUAUCUUUUUUUCCUAUCGCUUGUGCCUUGUGGGUUAUACUCUUCGCAUGUUUCAAAAAAACUUGUGUUAGAGGCUCUCAUCCUCAGAGGUAUCAACCCGUGAGGCUUAUCACUUUUUCAAACUGGUAAUUUUUUUAUUUUUAGCACGUUAAGUGUUAUUUUUGAGCUUAAAAUUGUCAGGUCUCGCAGGAACACAUUCUCAGGUGAAAUUAGGUGUUUUGUGAAAAAUAUUACUACCUCCUUCCCGUUGGAAUGUUCCCAUAGCAAAACGACACAGUUAUUUAGACAAUAAUUAAAUAAAGUACUUCGAGUAUAUUUUGAGACAUAAUUUUAAUAGGUAUAUAUUAUAAUGUAGUUAGUACUGAUAAUUGUGAUGUUAUAGAUGUAUUAUUUUUAAUAUUUAAUUAUUUAAUUUAUCACUUAAGAUCGUUAAUUGUUUCCUGAAAUGGAAAUGAGAACCUUUAUAUGAGACGUUCAAAAAAGGAAAGUGAGAACCUUCUAAUGGGACGGCCGACGGGGGAGUAUUUUUUAACUAUUAUCGGGAAAAUUGUCGACCUUUAUUUUUAAAUGUAUUACCGCUAAAAAAUCAAUUGAGUCCUUGCCAAAUUUAUGUGUUAGCAUCACCUCUGCCACUGCAUUUGUGAUGCCCAUAUCCUCCAACCAGAAUUUUUAACUUCUAAUUAAUACAUUUCCUACAUUUCAUUUUGAAAAUAAAAAUACGGGAGUAUUAAAUAUUUGUUUGAAUGGAAGUCAUUCUGUCUAUUGCAUAUCCCUAGAGUAGUAGAGCCAGAGACCUUAGAAUCCUGACAAAAUAAUACAGAGCAAUACAUUUGCACAAUAACACUCAUAUCUUGAUCUGAAAUAGCAUAUGAAUAAGGCUCUACAAAGUUAUCCUCAAAAUAAGCUUAAUAAAAGAAAUAAAUCAAUAGUUUAUAUCCUGAACCAACAAAGUUCACAUAUUCCUAACAUAUUCCUACUGAAUAUAAACUCUCAGAAAAUCCAAUAACAAAUAGGAAGAAAAAAAGUCAAUGACUUUCAAAUCACAAAAGCAUUAAUAUAACGGCAGUUUACUUAGAUUAAAAAAAGAAGUUGCCACUUUCCCACUCCUUGAGUAUUUGGCCCUGUAAAAUUUCGUAUGAAGCUCGCGCAGUAGGUGAUAGCCUACUCAAAUCAAGAUUCAUAAUGCGUUCUUGAUCGGAUCUUUUUUGGGCUCUCUCUCUUUGCUCUUGCUCCUUGAGCCUCAUCUCUUGAUCCUUCAACUUCAAUAGAUGGGAUUCUUCCUUCAGUUUUUGAUUGUGCUAUUUUAACUCUAUCUCUCUUUUCAUCAAUUGCUCUCUAAAUGCAUACUCUUUCUAUUGGUGUUCCUUCUUUAACUCCAACUCUGCUGUACUAAGCUCAAUCUGUCUAUCUAAUGAGCACUGUAAUUUACUCAGAGUUUCUAAUUUCUAUCACCCCAUUAUCUGUGCUCAACUUCCGCUUUCUUUCUUUGCAGCUUUUCCUUCCUUGUGGACGAAUAAUUUCAUCGCAUUUCACUUGCUCAGGUUCCAUAGAACAAUUGGUAGUGUUGGGUGAUGUGCCUUUAUCUGCCACUGUUGUGUUUCUGUUGGUUAAAGAAUCUUUAUCAGAUGGGCAACCCUUUGUAAGCUGAUUUGUAGACCAUUUUGGAUUCUUUAUCAACAAUUCCCAACAAUGAAGAAUUUUGAACUCUUUCUUCUUCUUAUCACUGAAAAGUGUUUCGUACAUAUUCAAAGCCUUUUUUUUCUAGCAAAAAAAAUAAGAAUCACAUCAAAUAUAAUAUAUAAUAGUUGUGUUUCCUUAUAGAUAAGUGAAAAUAGUAUAAUGAACAAACACUUACCAUAUCUUCACAGUUUGAACCACUUUGGGGAUGCCUUGCAAGUUUUUCAUAAAUUCCAUGAAACUUGUUGACCGCUUUCUGAAUUUUUUGCCAGCGACAUUGUACACUAUUACUGUUUCUGGGAUUAUUGCAUUUAUCUCCCAUGUUGUCCCUCCAAACUUGUAAGAUCCUCUCCCACAUAGCUGUCUGUUUUUUAUUGUUACCCACAUCAGGAUCCAUGGAAAUGCUCAGCCAUGCUUCUGUUAACGUAACAUCGUCUUCUGAACUCCAGUAGUCUCUCUUAGCAGUUGAUGAUUGAGAGCUGUUGAGAUUAUCAUGGACAUUUUUGGUCUUCUUUUUCCCUGCUCCAUGUGUACUUUGUGUUUGAGUGCUCUCAAUUGAAAUUAUAGGAGUGUUUAGAAGAUUUUGGUAAGAGAAGUGGGGGGCAUAUGAAGGAGGAUAUGUUCCAUUCAAUGAAUUAAACUGAUAUGGAGGCUGAAAGGGAUGGCUUAUUGGAGUGAAUUGAUUUGGAGUUUGGCUUGACAUGUUAGGAUGGUUGGAGUGUUGGGAGCUUGAGAGCUGAAUAGUCCGUGGAUCCAUGUCAAAACUGUACCUGUGCAUAAUGAAUAACAAAACUAUAGAAUGAUUGUUGCCUCACAAAAGAGUUAAAUUCAUGUAAGCAUAUGAACCCUCCUUAGUCCUUAUAAUAUUGUUAGUUUUGCUUUUCCUGACCGUUGUUUGUAGUUUCAAAAAAAUUGCAAGUCACCUUUAACUCAAUGAAACUUUUAGCUAAUCACAUAUUAGUUAGUAAUAGUUCCAAUAACCUUUAACUCAGGUUCCAUACAUAAUUAGC